CCUCGGGGCUGGGUUGUCAGUCGGGGAACCGAGGGGGAAGAUGGCUUGCCGCGACCCGAUCUGCUAAAGAAGGAGGGGUGGGCAAGUGGUGCUACUACUCGGGAGAAGGCAGCGCAGCCGCCGUCGUCGUCGUCACGAGCCUGACAAACCGAGGCUCUGGAGGUAGAGUUGGGCGAGCCGCUGGGGUGAAAGGUUUAGAACAGAUGUGGAAAGAUGUUCACUUCAGAGAAAGGGGUUGUGGAAGAAUGGUUGUCAGAAUUUAAGACACUACCAGAAACAUGUUUACCAAAUUACGCCAAGAAUUUGAAAGACAAGAGUUCUUUAGUUUCUUCUCUCUAUAAAGUUAUCCAGGAGCCACAAAGUGAAUUGUUAGAGCCUGUCUGUCACCAGCUUUUUGAGUUCUAUCGAAGUGGAGAGGAACAGUUGCUUCGAUUUACACUGCAGUUUCUCCCAGAACUGAUUUGGUGCUACCUUGCAGUCUCAGCCAGCAAAAAUGUUCAUAGCAGUGGAUGCAUUGAAGCUCUUCUUCUAGGGGUUUACAAUUUGGAAAUAGUUGACAAAGAGGGACAUAGCAAAGUACUGAGUUUUACAAUUCCAUCUUUAUCCAAACCAUCUGUGUAUCAUGAACCUUCCAGCAUCGGGUCCAUGGCUCUGACUGAGAGUGCACUAUCCCAGCAUGGUUUGUCCAAAGUUGUGUACAGUGGACCUCACCCCCAGAGGGAGAUGCUGACUGCACAGAAUAGGUUUGAAGUGUUGACAUUCCUUCUGUUGUGUUACAAUGCUGCCUUAACCUAUAUGCCCAGUGUUUCUCUUCAGUCACUAUGCCAAAUUUGUUCAAGAAUCUGUGUUUGCGGGUAUCCUCGACAACAUGUAAGAAAAUACAAAGGUAUAAAUAGCAGGAUACCAGUUUCUUCUGGAUUCAUGGUGCAGAUGUUAACAGGGAUUUAUUUUGCCUUUUAUAAUGGAGAAUGGGAUCUUGCUCAAAAAGCAUUGGAUGAUAUAGUAUACAGAGCCCAGCUGGAUUUAUAUCCAGAGCCAUUACUGGUUGCUAAUGCAAUAAAGGCUUCAUUGCCUCAUGGUGCCAUGAAAUCUAGUAAGGAGGGUACAAAGUGUAUUCAAGUUGAAAUUACACCAACUUCCUCUAGAAUAUCAAGAAAUGCAGUAACCAGCAUGUCAAUAAGAGGUCAUAGGUGGAAAAGACAUGGAAAUACAGAAUUAACAGGUCAAGAAGAACUGAUGGAGAUAUCUGAAGUUGACGAGGGAUUUUAUUCCAGGGCUGCGUCUAGUACCAGCCAGUCGGGUUUAUCAAACAGUAGUCACAAUUCUAGUAACAAGACAAGUGUAGGAAAGACUCAGAGGCGGUCAGGAGGAAGCAAAACUGGAGGAAAAGAAAAAGAGACUGCAGGGGAGUUUUGCAAAGAUCAUUUUGCUCGAAAACAGACCCAGAGAGCCCAAAGUGAGAAUCUUGAGCUUCUCUCUUUGAAGAGACUUACCCUGACAACCAGCCAGUCCCUGCCUAAACCUAGUAGCCACGGUUUGGCUAAGACUGCCGCGACUGUGUUUAGCAAAUCCUUUGAACAAGUCAGUGGUGUUGCUGUCCCACACAACCCAUCACCUACCGUUGGCUGUGGGGUUGGGACAGAUGCCAAUAGGUUUUCCGCUUGUAGUCUCCAAGAAGAAAAACUUAUUUACGUUUCAGAAAGGACUGAACUUUCAAUGAAACAUCCAUCAGGUCAUCAGAGACCUCCUAGUAUUAGCAUUACUCUGUCCACAGAUUAAUUUGUAAUUGAUUCUCUCCUAAUCAGAGCCUCUGGAACUACAACUUUGCUUCUUUGUAUAAAAGUGCUCAGGGUUUUGAUCCCUGUUUCUGACAGGAGCCCUGAUGUCUUAAGAGCUGAAGGCUACCUGGACUUGACGAAGGAAAUAAUAUCUAGGUUGCAGUUAAAAUAUGGUUUUCUAAUUUCUUAAGUGUUACUACCCUCUUCCCCCCUUGACUCAGUCUUUUCAUUUUUUCUUGUCAUUGUGUUGCCCUAAGAUUGUCAGUAUAAUAAUGCAUUUUGAUGGAUUGUCUGAUCAGAUGGGUUAAAUAUCAUGUAAGGUUGUGAUAUUUAGAAAAAGAAGGAGGAGAAGAAGAAAACCCAGAACCCCAAACACUGCUAUUUUGGUAGUUAUAUGUUUGGUCUUCCAAGUAAAAAAGGGAAUCUCCAUGUAUGGGAACUGUUUUUUAAAUGAUGAGACAGAGGUACAACUUCAAGAAUUUUGCAGUUGGCAGUUUUUCAAGCCAGGCUGAAAAAUAGGCACCUGGAAAACUAAAAUGAUGUGUAUAGAAAGUGCCUGAUAAAAGUGUUUAUCACCAUAUCAUCUUUAAGGUUAAAAGAGUUUCUAUAGAUGCUGGAAAGUUUCUCCUAACCCAGUACCUAGACUAAUCAUUGAUAUGAAAAAUCAGAUUGUACUUAGGUAUGUUGCUUUGAACUGUUUGACCUGGAUUUGGCAAGCAAAAAAUCCCUUUUAAUCCUUAAGAUGUAAUAGGCCAUAAAACUGACUUACUUUGCUGCUGGGCUUUGGAAAUCCUAGUUAGUUUGGCUUUCUGUAAUUCAGAAUACACAUCAUUGAAGAGUUCCUGAAAAUCAUUGUAAAGCUUCAGCAGCUCUCAAGGCUCCAGUGUCAACUAUAUAAUGUUGAAUUGUAUGUCUGCAAAUGAAGGAAAUUUGAUUAACUUUUAUCUAGGUAAAAGUUAUGAUAGUAAAGAUGUGGACAAGAGUCAUUUGUAAACUAGCCAAUGUUGUUUGUUUAUGAUCGUGUUCUUAAAUUUAAAAUUGUGAAACAUGGAAAAAAAUCAAGUGGGUUUCUUGUUUGGUGAAUAGGCCUGUUUUAUCACUCCAGUCCCUAAAUAGGCCAGUUUUUAAUGUUUUUAUUAUGAUAGAAAAAUUAUGUAGUUGCCCCAAGUGAAAGAUACCAAGGGCAAUCUCACUAAACAAAUUUGAAUGUAGCUGUACAGAACUUUGACCUCUAAGAGAUAUUAAACUCUGACGCUUGCUAGUUGGUGGACAUUACAGCUAGUCUGAGAAUCUAGUAUUUUUAAUUCUAGAAUUUAAUUCAUAUCAGAAUAUGAAUGAGAAAGCACAGUACGUCAGCUGGGAGAAAGGCCAGCAGAGCUCCCCAACUGUUAGGACACAUUUUUUGUUUUGUUUUGUUUAAUUCACCAUCUCUAUAAUCACACUGAAAAUGCUUCUUGUCCUCUUGUACAUGCUUAGAGCUCACGUAUGUGAAAAAUGUGUAUGUCUGGAAUAGUGCAAAAGUACUUACAUGUGGAAUGCAGUUUUGCCCGUGACUGCUUUGCCUGCUGUUUGUUUUGAUCAGGCAGUGGUGGGUACCAGCUGCUGGGGAUCCGUCCCUCUAGGGCUGCAGACAUGCAGAGCACGUGCUCGACCUCUAAGCUAUACAUCCAGCACCCCAAGCCCCCCUUCCAUUUUAAAUCAAUUUUCUCAAAGAGCACAAAAAUUUUUAUUCAUUACCCCUGAAUAUAAUGAUAUGUUUUUAACAUAAAUAAAUUUGAUUUGUUUACUUCCAGUAAUAUUACAGGGUUUAUUGGCACAAAUUGUGAUUAAUAAAAAAGCCACCUAAGGCAACCAGUAAAAGUCAAUGUUCUGUUAAUUUAAUAGAAAUCCUGUGCACAACUGAAACUAUUUGUAAAACAUCACUGUGAAUUUCUUACUGUCUUUUUGUAAUUCUUUAAUAAAGAAUUUUCCCCAAGGCAUAGUUACUAACAAUAUUAAAAGACUUAACUUAUUUAAAGGAUUCAUAUUUUAAGUAAGGUGAUCUGAUUAGAAAAUCCUGUAGAAAAGGUUUGACAAAACACUAGCUGGCAACAAGAGUUCAUAUUUUAGUGGUAAAUAUUAAAAUAUAAUGACAAUACAUGAUGACACAUCUUGAUCUUUGCCAUUUAUGAGAUCCAGUGACCACUCAGUGGCAUUGCCAUCAAAUGACAAGCAAUUUUGGACUCAGGCAGAUUUAUUGAAUCGGAAUUUGCAUUUGAACAAGAUUCUCAAGCAAUUUUUAUGCUUGUUAAGGUUGGAGAAGACAGAAAAUGUGCGAAUAAAUCAUUUAUAUUAAUAUUUAAAUUUCUCAGUGCUUCCACCACCCAAGAUCAAAUACAUUAGAUACUAGAUUGUUAUAACCUCUGUCUUUAGCAGCUAAUCAAUUUUAAUAACAUUGAUGCUUGGCUAUUUCUAGAUUUUUAACGAUUUUCAUAUACUUUUACAGUGAAAAUCUAAGAUUUUGUAUUUUUUCUUUUGAAAAUAGAAAUUUGAUUCCAUUACAAAUUAUUUUGUAAACUGAAUCAGAGCUGUCAAUGCCUGUAAUUUUAAGUCCAAAAGGGUCACCACCCUUUAUGCAUUGCACAUCAAAUCUAUAAGAGUAUCAUCCUUUUAAAAUCUCUGAAGGGUUUCUUAGGGGAGCAAUUCUGAAACUGGGCUACAGUUGAUUUUCUGAAUUAUAAGUUAUGUUACAGAAAGAUUCUUUUAUACCACUUUGGCCAUUAUUUCAAGAAUUAGCCAUGAAAAUUUUUAUAAGCUAUUUUAGAUUUUAUUGAUUAUGGUUAUGCAAUUGCAGUUGUCUUUAAUAUUCUCUUCCCACUUACCUUUACAAAUUUGAAAGAUACAAUGACUUUUGGAAGUCAGAUUCCAGAAAAUGUUGAUGUGACCAUCUUGUCAUCUAUUAUCAGUAUGUCAGAUGAUAAGCUAUUAUUGCUAGAAUAAAGCUGGGUUCCAGUGUUUGCCCUUUGAAGUCCAAAAGGGGAGAGAAAAUUGACUUGCGAGGGUGUUUCAUAGGACAUAAGGCAGUGAACUCCUUGAAAUUCCUGGCUUACCAACCAUUAUGAACUCUUUUAAGACAGUGUUAUAGAUGUAUAAGUAGGAAUUCUCAAUUCUUAAAUAAUGCAGAAUUUUUUUUGAAAUUUUCAUUGUGCUUUUCCAUCACAAAGGAAGUAAGUACUCAGCAUACUUUGUUCAUUUAAGAACAAAAUAUUGAAUGAACACUGUCUUAGCACUAUCUUCCCGUUGUUCAUCAAUUUGCUCGAGCGGGCACCAGUACAUCUCCAUUGUGAGAAUUGUUGUUACUGUUUUUGGCAUAUCGAAUACACCACGGGUAGCUUGCCAGGCUCUGCUGUGCAGGCAGGAUACUCUUGGUAGCUUGCGGGGCCCUCCAAGAGGGACAAAGGUAUCAAACCCAGGUCAGCUAUGUGCAAGGCAAACACUCUACCCGCUGUGCUAUCGCUCCAGUCCAUUGAAUGAACAGAAAAUAUAUUUUUAAAUCAAGAUAGAUUUAAAAUAAAGCCACUUUAGGGGAUUUGCCUAUUUUGGGAGAAAAAAAGUGUUAAAUUAUAGAGCAAAAAUGUACUUUGACACAAUUUUAAGCAAAUACUGAAAUUAAGGCUCUUUAACAUUUAAGUCCAUAAGCACAAUAUAUCUACACUUUAACAAAGGGAAGAAUAUACUAAGGAAAUAGAUAUGUUAAAUGCGAUUACUAAAAAUAUUUUUUAAAAGACCAUUUAAAAACAAGAGCAAUUUGAGGGUACUUAAAUAAGCAUUGUAUAUAGAAAUUAAUGUGUAAUAGUAUUUCCCCAAUCUUGGGAAAACAAAAAUGUUUAGUUCUUUAGUUAGCAUGAAUUUGUAAUUUUAGAUUUGUUGCUUAGUAAAUUGAUACUUAGUACUUUGAAUUACUUACAUUAAUGUUAAAUAUUGUUAAAUUUGUCAUCAGUGAACAUAAAUUCUUUGUCUUCUGUACUUUGUAACUUGUAUCUAUCUCUAGACUAGCACUGAGCAUUUUGGAAGAUCUUUUUGUGCUUUUCUAGUAGUACAGUUCAAUAGUACCUGUUUCUUGAUAUAGUUUCCACUGAUAAAUACAAAAUGCUAUUUCACAUACCAUUGCUUUGUCUUAUGUGGAGUUUGCUAUAUAUUUCCUAUCUUCUAAUCAUGUAGUGGUACUCAUCUUUUCAUAGUAAAUAUACUUUGUUUCUAAUUGUAAUCCUAGAGUUUACAUUCCUAAAGAAUAAACUAUGACUUUGGAUAUUUUUUAUGUGCUCUCUACAUUUUUUUUUAGGUUACGGAAAUAAACUGGAGUUUAGUUUUUUGAAGUUUUGUAUAUUUGUGUAAAUGUUCUCCAUGUGCAAUACUUUAUACAGUAGUGUUAACUUUUGUUUUAUUGAAAUAAAAACUGA